GGCCCCAGUCCUUGCUAUCCGCACACAUAGAGAGGGAGAGGUGACGAGCCAUACAACUGUACCGCACACAGGGCAGACAGUAUCACCCCCACCCAUGAUUACCUUCGCCUAACGCGGCACUUCCACAAACCCUGGUUCACGUGAUGACUCCGCCAAUGCCGCUUCAACUUCCUCCACUUCCCGCCCACACCAGCGGUGUCGCACAGUUGUAAUGAAGUACAACUAGACCUAGCUCCGGUACACGAGGGAUGACGGAUUGUGAACUGCGACGACGCACUCGCGAGGGUGAACAGGGCUACACGGGCACGCCAGUCAGUUGCAGCCGAAGGUGUGGCUCGCUGGGUGGACGUGUAUAACUGCGGAGGGUAAAGUUUCCCAUAAAGAAAGCGAUUCAGGAGCUUCUGUAUAUUUUGGUUGAUUGACUUUGUGACCACUGAGACACCAUGGCGGAUGAAGAUGUACCGAUCGAGUUGGGAGUGUUUGAUCCUACAAGGAAGAAGAAGAAGAAGAAGAAGGUUGUGGACGUAGAUAGCGUCGAGGCUGUCGAGGUUGUCACAGAAGCUGUGGGAAAUCUGUCAGUUGCGGGGGAGGAGACGAUGGAUGCCCCGUUUGCUGGCCUGAAGAAAAAGAAAAAGAAGCCGCAGGUGGAAGAUGAUGCUGAUGGCGAGGAAGGGGCAGCAGAUGAAGUCAAUGGGGAGGCAAAGGAAGGUGACGAAGAUGAUGAUGUUUUUGAUGGAGAGGAUGAUGAGCCAUUGUCACUCCUAGGCGUGAAGAAGAAGAAGAAGAAGGCUAAGAGCGAAUUUGAACUUCCAGAGGAUGAGGAUGAUGAAGAGAGUGACGAGGACAUGCCUUCCACCCGCCUGCCUUGGGAAGGCUCUGAUCGGGAUUACACCUAUGAAGAGCUGCUGGGCCGUGUGUUUGCAAUUUUGAGGGAGAACAAUCCAGACCUUGCUGGAGAAAAGAAGAAGACGAUCAUGAAGCCACCUCAGGUGCUCCGAGAAGGCACGAAGAAGACUAUUUUUGUGAACUUCAUGGACUUGUGUAAAACGAUGCAUCGGCAGGCAGAGCAUGUUAUGGCAUUCCUACUGGCUGAGCUGGGAACCACAGGAUCGCUGGAUGGGCAACAAAGGUUGAUUUGUAAGGGGCGAUUCUUGCCCAAGGUCUUUGAAGGAGUUCUUCGUCGUUACAUGACGGAGUAUGUGAUGUGUGUCGGCUGCAAGAGCUCUGAUACUAUCUUGUCCAAAGAGAACCGGUUGUUCUUCUUAAGAUGUCAGCAGGGCUGGUUGAUUGUGAGUCGAGACGGUGUGCGUCCCCGCCAGCAGGACAUUGGUGUAGUGGUCUGACUACAGGAAGGAAGGUCACUUGAUUUCAUAGUGUAGAGAGUGUCCAACCUCUAGCCAGACUUUGUUGUAACGGUCUGAUGGCAUAUGCUGCUUGAUUGCAUUGAGGAGACAAAUGAGAGUGUGACCUGUAGGGGUUCUUAUUUUGCCAAGUGUAAGGAGGCAUACAUGGCGGAUUGGUUGUGUGGACUGGAGGCGGUGUAGCCUCCAAAUGAGGUGAGGUUCAUUCCCCUUCGGUAGCUCAAAGGCCUGGUAGACGGUCUUAAGGAUUGCGGAUAUUGCAUUGGUGUGAGUGAUUUGUGGCAUAUGUAUAUGCCUACGUGAGCGUUUGUCUUUUCUUGAGUUUCUAUGCAACGGCUUUGACCGUGGCUUUCUUGCGUUGUAUUUUGUGCACACCGUCUGUACACAUUGGUCGCGUUUUGCCUAAUAGUUUUUCUUUGUUUGGGCUUCAGUCCUUGCUCAUGCUAGAGAACUUGAUUGGUUGAGCUUGUGGUUGGACUUGUCUGAUGUGUGUGGGGUAACCGUUUGCUAUUUUCCCCUACCAGUCGUUGGGAAGCUGCCCUGUGGGAGGUGUUUUUGAUAUUUGGUUGGGAGUAGACUUGGGUUGCUGCGGGAUUUGGGGAUGACAUGAGGGUUAAAAAAACACAUGUAGAGGCUUGGAUGAUGCCUUCUUUACGUGGGAUAUCGGGACGACAUCAGGGCUAAAAAACCAGCUGUACAGUUUUUAAUAAUGCCCUCUUUGGUAGCGACUGUACACUGCUGGUGCUGUGGAAUCGAACUCUCUUGUUCGAACACAAUGCUUGAUAUUGUUAAUCCGCCACUACGUCUGAGCCUCUUUUUGUGGAGGUGGAUUUCCCUCUCGUGCUGAUAAAAAAUGAACUGUCACAGGCAUGUUUUCAUUUUGUUGGGCUGGUGCCGGCCAGCGAAGUAUGCAGUUGUGUGGACUUCGAGAAUACGUAUUUACCUGGGCAACGUACUAGUGGUUUAAACCAGCAGUACACGGCCCCAGCCUUGUGGAAAUUCAUUCGUUGGCUACCGGGCACAAUGGCUGGUGGCGGGAGCCAACACAGAAAAAAGAAGUGUGCCACUGGUGGUUCGGCACCUCCAGGUGCGGAACCUCCAGGUGCGGGUGUACUGCUGGUUUAAGACCACGCGAUGAGAAUGAGAGGGUGUUGGGGAUUGUGGACUAGGGAGGGGAGCAUGUUGCAAAGAGGAAAGGACAAGUGGAGUGGCAGAGGGUAAGAUGGAGGGGGGGUCUGUGGGGUAACUUGGUUUGGGGAGGGAGCCUAGCGAUGUUUGGACAUGAGCGCAAGUUAUAGGUUGGUGAUUGGUUUCUUUAGCGAAGUGGUAUUCAGUCGGCUUGGCAGACUGUCUCAUCUGUAUCCAAGAAAGGGAAAUGCAGUCUGACCAGAUGUGGGUGUUUAACACGUCUCUGGAAGUGUUAUGCCUCUGGAAGUGUUUUGCCUCCUCUCGAAGUGUUUCGCCACCUGUUUUCCAGGACAGUUGAUGUUGUGUGCAUGAGCAGCAUACAGGGGCGGUCCUUCCCACUGUGCUACGGGUAGCCAUCAUGAACCUGUGCUACCGGUCCUCCUGAAUUUAGGACCGCGGGCGGGGUAGUGAGUGGUGGUUUAACAAGUCUUUGGAAGUGUUGUGCCUCCUGUCAUCCAGGACAGUUGAUGCAGCAUGCCUCAGCAGCACACACUGCGGUGGUCUCGGUGGCUAUUCUUCAGAAUGUGCAAAAGAUUACAGUCCAGAUGUUCAUACGACAGAGUCCAACCCAUAUCAUUAUCCGAACAUGUGAAGGUGAAGUUCAGCUGCCGAACGCACAUUUGUUGCACUUUUUCUGCGUGCUAUGACUGGCUUGCUUGAGAGCUUUAUCCUGGCUUGUAUAUAGGUAAUAAGAUUCAUGUGCUUGUAUCGGUAAAGACGGCAACGUCAACAA